AUGGAGAUAUUACACAAAUUUAAACAACACGGAUAUUUCACGGCUGAACUUUACCAUUUAUUGUCUAAGAAAAAAUUGGUGGAGCCAUUUGAUGAGAUUACUCCAUCUGAAUAUGAAAGGGAGAUGAAGAUGACAACUGCGCAGCGCUUGCAACGUUUAAACAACAUUGUUAUAGAUAAUAUCGUGCACUGUGGUAACAAAACUUGCAAGAUCGUUCUAUCUUUCACACCUCGAUUGAUCGUUUUCCAGAAUUUUAAGCCAAAUGAAAAAAUCGUGGCAAAAUUCUCAGUGAAGAAUAUAAGCAAGAGUCCAACAUAUUUGAAUAUGGUAUGUAAGGAGUCGUCUUAUUUUUCUGUACAACCAUCGGGAGGACAGUUGCUAUCCCGCCUGGCCCCCGGGAUCAGCGUCACUUUUGCAGUUACAUUUAAACCUGUACAGUAUGAAGAUUAUACGCAUAGAGUCACAUUUUAUACUGGUAUAGACCAGUAUGUGGUACCAUUAAUUGCCAUGGGACCCAGGCCCGUAUUUGACAUACCUGAUCAUGUCAGUAUACCAAAGACACCAUUGAAAAUUGAAAGUCAUGCAGUUUUAGGAAUUCACAAUGUAGGAAUGGUACCAGCGGGUUUCACUUUGAACACAAAAUGUCCGUUCUCUGUUCAUCCAAAAUCUGCUUACUUAAAUCCAAAGCAAAAAAUUAAUAUUCGCGUGGGAUUUAAAACAAUGCAUUUAGGUGAAACUCAGGGAAUUAUGAAUGCUGCUUUUGAAACUGGUGAAAAUUUUCGUAUUAAACUGUCAGGCUCUACAUAUAUUGUAAGUAUAGAGUUGGAAAAACAAGUGGUACGAUUUCUCGACACUUAUAACACAAUGGCGAGGCAACAGAUUUUGAGGAGAAAG